AUGGAUUUCCAGCCGCCUGGGAGUAAAACGGGCAGCGGGGGAUUGGCCUCGGCCUCCGAGAGCAACCGGGAGCGACUGCGGCAGCUGGCCCUGGAGACCCUGGGCAUCAGCAAGGACCCCUAUUUCAUGAAAAAUCACCUGGGCUCCUACGAGUGCAAGCUCUGCCUGACGCUCCACAACAACGAGGGGAGUUACUUGGCACACACCCAGGGGAAGAAGCAUCAGAGCAAUCUGGCCCGACCAGCUGCCAAGGAAGCCAAGGAAGGCCCUGCCCAGCCUGCCCCAGAGAAGGACAAAGUGGAAGUGAAGAGAUUGGUGAAAAUUGGGCGCCCAGGCUACAAAGUGACCAAGCAGAGAGACCCAGAAACAGGCCAUCAGAGCCUUCUGUUCCAGAUGGAUCACCCCGAGGCAGCUGAGAGCAUCGUGCCGCAGCACCGCUUCACGUCGGGCUGCGAGCAGCGCAGGGAGCGCCCGGCCCGGCGCUGGCAGUACCUGCUGGUGGCAGCCGAGCCCUACGAGCCCAUCGCCUUCAAGGUGCCGAGCAGGGAAAUCGACACAGCACAGGGAAAGCUCUGGGCUGACUGGAACAGAGAAACCAAACAGUUCUUCCCGCAACUCCACUUCAAGAUGGAGAAGCCCCCGGCUCCACCGAACUUCCCCCCAGUGCCCCCUCCCCUGGUGAACAGGCUGGCCCCACAGCCCCCCCUGCCUGAUUCCAUCCAGCUGCCCCCAGCACCCGGGGUACCCCCUGCUCCCCUGCCCCCCAUGAUGCGGCCACCACUCUCCACGGAGGGGCCAGAAACCAUCCCCCCUCCCCUCCCUCCAACUGAAGCCCCUCCUGGACUCCAUCCCGUGGGAUUUGUGUCUUUUUAA